AUGUCUCUGCGAGAAGACAUUGCAGCGCUUACGGCGGCAUUGCAUCGGUUCUCUUGCCUGCAAGACCGCGGUAGGAGUAGUGGAAUGCCUGACUGCAAACUUUGUGGUGCUAACAACUGCAAUGGCGUCACGGAGAAGGAAAAAAAUGCAGACCGACCUACCGACUGCGCCGGAUGUACAACGCGUCUCUCGGACGUUGAGAUUUCCGCCAUUUCCAUGGCUGUGGAGGGUGAUGCUUGUGGUGAUGCUGAAUCUGCGUCGACGCAACAGGCUGUCGCGUUGCAGUUUCAAAGCCCAAGAGCCUACGAGUCUACUUUUGUAGCACCCCCCAGCAGCAACACGACAGCGUUGCCCUGCGGUGAUGAGUCGGAUUCACAUCGAAAGAGCGUCGGUGGACUUAAUGUUACGCGUGCUACCACCCCGCAGGAAAGGGUGGCUUUGGACGAGUGUCGUACGGCAGUGUGGGAAAGGAAUAGAACUCGCGGCGAGGGUUUGUCGGUGAUGGCUGAGGAAGCCACACAGUUCUCCAGCAUUGCAUUAGACGCCACCGCUACCUCCUCUGGGGAAAGUACCGCGUUGCAUGAUACACCACAAGACUGUCAGCACCAGAUGGAGGAGGCGUACAUACACAUUUUGCGGAAGCUGCUGUUGGAAAUACACCAUUUGGAUGCCCGUACUAAGGCCUUAUCUGCACAGUGUGAAGGUGAACGUGAGAACUGGCAGAAUUUGCAACGCAAACAUGAAAAAGAGCUUUUGGGCCGUAAUGCUUUAAUUGGUGCACUAAGGCAGCACCUCGUGGAUAUAUGCGCAGGUGGCGACAGCGCAUCAGCCGGUGAUGCCCGCAUGAGCAGUGGAAGUGAGUGGACAUUGGGGAACUAUGGUGCCCGACUCACCCCCACUGUGGUAAACAGGUGUUCCACAAAGGAGAGUAGAAGCAAAAGUGGCGCCGGAACCACGACUGAUAUGCACCUGUAUGAUCGGCCCGUCGUCUCUAGUGAGUUAUGUGGUAUGAGCUCUUCUUCCACGGUGGAAAGGUCCUCUAGGCAAGGGCAGCAGCGAACAUCUGAGGAAGUCAGGAGAGGAAGUAGUGUUGGUGGAAUACGUCAGGGUGUCAGUGGCGAUGCUGGCACGUUGACGCAUCCAAAUUCUCUCAGCGAGUUUCAGCAACAAAGGUGUUCUUACUGGGGGGCCACCCGAGCGAUUGAAGAGGUAGCGACACAGACAAGUUUCGUGGGAAAGCCUGAAACAACAGCUGCUGCUGCAACGGAGACUCAGCGCGUGGAGGACGCCUUGGAAGCAAUGCCUCGGAAGGGUUUAUCAAAAUGUGCACUGGGGGAGGUCGCCAAGGGUAACAGCGGUGAGGCAAAUCGCCCGGUGCAAUGCGCCACGUCAGGAUCCGCACUGUAUCACUCCCACAGGGGACAUAAGAAGCGAAGGCCGCGCGCAUUGACGAAACUAGAAGAAUUUGAAAUAGAACGAAAUAGAAGGAAAAGUGAAGUACCUGCAACGCAUGUGGUGCUACGAACUCCUGGCCGUUUUGGGCGCUCAAAUGGGGGAGCCUGUCAGCACUCAAGUGGUUGUGGUUUGUGUUGCCGUAACGAACUUUGUGUUGAAGCUUGUGCGUUGAUCCAACGCGGCUCGAAGGGAGUGCGUCCUGCGAGUCGACCCCGUCGCACGUCUCUUUCAAAGAUACAGCGGAACAAGCAUCAGAUAGAAUCAUGCGAAACCCGCGAACUGCUGCGCGGGAUAAUGGAGAAACACGCGUUGAUGGAAGACCGUUUGCGGAUAUUUCAGGAAAGGCUGGACAAACAAGAGAUGGGGCUGCAGAACAUGACUGGUCUGUUCCGUGAUGUCAUGUUGCCCUCCACGGCGGGUUCGCAAAAAUUUCGUCCCAUCGCGGAUUCCCUCUAG